AUGAACCACACAGUGGACGCCAGAAAACUGCUACCAACAAAAAAAUGCAACAAAGAAAUCAAUAAAAUGCUCGAUAUUGUUAUGAGUGACUGCCGUUUGAAGUUGCGUGAGAUAGUAGAGAUGGUAGGCAUCUCAGAAGAACGGGUAUUUCAUAUCCUACAUGACAUAUUAGGCAUGAGAAAGCUGAUGUCGCGAUGGGUGCCACGUUUGCUUACAGUGGAGAAUAAACGCGUGCAUAUGAUCAUCUCUAAAAAGAUGUUUUUCGUCGAUAUGUGGACCGUGGACGAAACAUGUAUUCACUAUUACAUACCCGAAACAAAACAACAAUCGAAGCAAUGGAUUUCAUCUGAUGAACCGGCCCCAAAGAAAGCCGAGUCAGUUUCACCGACUGGGAAGGUCAUGGCCAUUUUUUUGGGAUUCUAA